ACAGCACGUCCUGCCAUCUCUUGCCCACUCUGCGCCUCACUCUAUUUAUAAAAAUUCUAAUAUUAUUCAUAAGUGUAUAAGAGCCGCACGUGGGCUCCCUUCCUGCUCAAAUAGUUUGUGUGUUAUUUCCUCCAAAUUUGUGAAAUGGGGCGCAAAAAUAAAGCAUGCAAGACUCCUCAACCGGUGAAAAACAAGACUCAACGUAACCUCACUCCAUCUCAGCUCGAGCACGAAGAACUGAUCGAUAAGUUGCUCCGAAUAAGUACACUACCUCAACAGCCCACAGUUCAAAAAUCAUUGGAAAAUCAAAAAGAAAUCAGCAGUAUUAUUGAUAGAGUAAAAAAGCUCGAAUUUAAUAAAGAUACAAAAAGCUCAGUCGAUAACCGCGCAAGUGCCGCCACCAUUGAGAAUUUCCUGAAGUGGGCGAAGGAAAACGGCGCGCAAUUAAACGGGUGCUCAAUUGAUGAGUUCGAAGGGUAUGGACUGGGGGUGAAGGCAAAUGUUGACAUAGCUGAGUCGAGCCUGGUUAUUGCCGUGCCGAGGAAAUUAAUGAUGAGUGUGGAAAAUGCCAAAGAAAGCGUCCUGAAGGACCUGAUAGAGAAGGACAAGAUCCUCGGCAGUAUGGCUAAUGUAGCUUUGUCGAUCUUUUUACUGCUUGAAAAGUACAAAGGUGAUUCGUUUUGGAAGCCUUACAUUGAUAUUUUGCCCAAAACUUACACCACAGUCUUGUACUUCAGUAUUGAUGAACUGGAGGAGCUUAGAGGGAGUCCAACGCUUGAGGUCGCCCUCAGGCAGAUAAAAAGCAUAACGCGACAAUACGCCUAUUUCUACAAACUUUUCGCCACCUCGGACGACCCAGUCAGCAAAAUCAUGCGGACCCGUUUCACUUACAACGAAUAUUGCUGGGCGGUUUCUACCGUGAUGACACGUCAGAACACCAUCCCCUUCCAGGAGGAUUACUACGCUCUUAUACCAUUAUGGGACAUGUGCAACCACACAAACGGAACUAUAUCGACAGCUUACAACCCGGUGCUCGAUCGCAGCGAGUGUUUAGCGGUAAAAAACUUCAAAGCGGGAGAACAAUUAUUCAUCUUCUACGGAAGCAGAAGUAACGCCGAUCUUUUUGUUCACAACGGAUUUGUGUUCGAAAACAACGACUAUGACGUGUAUUGGAUCCGUUUGGGGAUCAGCAAGUCGGACCCUUUGCAGCAGAAGAGGGGUCAUUUGCUGGGUAAAUUGUCGAUUGCCAGCACUUGCGACUUUUCUAUUAGAAAAGGUGCGAGUCCGAUCGACGGCCUUCUUGCCUUCUUGCGCGUUUUCAACAUGAACGAGGAACAACUCGACCAUUGGAUAAAUAGCGACAAAAGCGCCGAUUUGGGGCACAUUGACUGCGCUCUAGACACGGCUUUGGAGACGAAAUCGUGGCGGUUCCUCCACGCCAGACUCAAGCUGCUUUUAUCAACGUACAAAACAACAUUGGACGAAGACGAGAAACUUCUAGCAGAAGCGCAAGCAACACCUAAUCGGCUCCUGGCGAUAAAAAUGAGGGCGACGGAGAAACGCAUCAUCAGAGAAACACUCGAAUAUGUGGAACAGUACAUCCAACACUGAUUUUUGUGAAAAUAAAACAUAAACAGUGGU